AUGGCCAUGGGGGCGGAGGGCAGGGUCCCCCAGCCGCGGGAGAGCCCUUCCUACCCGGGGGUCACCACCGCUACAGGCGGGCAGGCUCAGACCCCGGUCCCUGCGCCGCGCCCGCCUGGACGGGGAUGCGCUGGGUGGCGUGGCUGGGACUACGUUUCCCAGCGGCUCCUCCCGGCGCUGCACAUGCUCCGUGCGGCCUCCCGGCAGCUCCCGCCGCGGCGCCCGGUGCAGCGCAGGGGCGCUCGCUCCCUGCGUGUCCCGGUGCUGCCUCCGGUGCGGGUCCCGGUGCUGGUUCCGGUGCUGGUCCCGGUGCUGUUCCCGGUGCUGGUUUCGGUGCUGGUCCCGGUGCCCUCGGGGGUGCCGCACCUCGGUCCGGAGCUGAGCUUCCCCCGCCCUGGCAGCAUGCCCCGCGGGCGAGCCUGGACGCAGGCGGAGGUCAGCAGCCUGCUGGCGCUGGUGGAGGGCUCGGGGGAGGCCGCCCUGCUCAUGGCUUCCACAUCGCGACCCAACGAGGCGCUGUGGAGGGAGAUAUCCCAAGGGCUGGCAGCGGCCGGGUACUCGCGCAGCGUCGCCCAGUGCCGCUCCAAGUGGAAGGCGCUGAAGCAGGCUUUCCACUCGGAGCGGGAGACGCGGCAGAGGGCAGGACAUCACUCAGCCCGCCUGCCUCCGCACUACCGAGCCAUGAAGAGCAUAUGGAAGGCUGCUGGGCGGCCCGUGUUCGGGGAGCGGAGGAUGCCAGACAUGGCGAAGCUGCCCUCCAGGAAGCGCAGGUCAGCCCAUGCUGCCUGCUCUUCAUCCUCACCAGAGCCACCAGGUACCCGUGGGCUCAGGCAGCAGGGGUGGGGGCUUGUCCUGGCUGUGGGGUGUCAGGCACCCCUUGUGUCCUGGUUGUUGAAGCUGUUUUCUGCACCCACUCACCCCCCCUGCAGAGAUGAGCCAGAGGCCCGUAAGUACCGGUCUGCCCCGCUGCACCGGGCUGCACAGCCACGGCUCCAGCCCAAGCCCAUGCCAGCAUGGGCUGGGUGUGAGGGCCAGAGGUGCUGCAGCUCCCCUGCCCUGCAGCCCACCCAGGGGCAUCUCCUGCAUCCCUCUCACUGCACAUCGCAGGGGUUUGGCACAGAGGUGAUACAGAUUAUGUCCCUGGAUCUGAUUUGUGAGGGCGCCCCAGCCAGCAUUCCGCACUGGGUAAUCACCUGUCUCCCUAAAUUCCCCCUGCAGUUUCAAGUGGAUGUGGGAUUCUCCUUCACUUCCAGCCCUAGUCUGUUGUGUAGUGUUGCUGCGUGCUGCUACGCCGCUGCUGCCUUCCAGCCCAGAGGUGGCUGCAUUGCAGUGGUGACAGUGGAUGGGGACCACGUCGCUGGAGGGCUGCAUGCUCCCCACACCAUGCCACAUGCCGGUCGCUGUGUCCCUCCCCUUCCAUUCCUGGGCUGUCACACUGCCCUGAAGCAGGAAGCUGUUGAGCAGAAGGCUGGUUUUCCUGGUGAGACAUCCCUGGGGAUGGCAAGAGGAAGCCGAUCCCUGCCGGCAGCCACCCCAUCCCUGUGCUCCCCGGGCACGGCUGCCGUGAGCGAGCAGCCAGCAGCGGGCGAGGAGGCAUCCGGCUCCAUCCUGCACGGCUCCGGGGUGUCGGGGCUGCUCCAGAGCGUGCAGCAGAUCCUGGUGCAGAUCCUGCAGACAUCCCGGCAGCAGCAGGCGCUGCUGGAGAGCCUGGCCAGCGACACCGUCUCCCACCUCCACCUCCUCUCCCACAGCCUGGUGCAAGUCGGGGAGACCCUGCACCAGCUCCUGCUCCGGCCGCAGACCUACCCAGGCACCCUCGGCCACUACAUCCCCUAUGUGCCCCUAUUGGAAGGGGGGCCCAGGGUGCCCUGCUCCCCCGGCGAUGCCCACACCUCCCCGGAUCACAAAGAGGAGCCUCGGGGGUCCCCUGACACAGGGUGCAUCCCACCGUGAGCACCACCAUAUGCAGACCCAGGGAUGAUGGUUCACUCACAGCCACAGAUCCUUAUAGCAGAGGCACCGGAUGUUUUGGAAUUUUAUAGGAGAGACACAUUUUAAUACAAUUAAAAAUAGCUUUUGUACCAGU